CACGAAAUAUGUAUUGCCCAUCGAGAAUGAUGUCCCUUAACAUCCGGCACCCCCUUUUGUAUUUAUAGGUCUUCGUCAAUGAAAGAUAAUGAAGCUAAAUUUAGGAUUAGAACAUUUACGCGUUCACGCGAUACAUGUAUCCACCGAGAGCCAACCACUAAUACGCUAAACGAAGUUUUCACACGACCUCGUGUGUCUGUUAAGCCUGUAUAUCCGAUUUCAAUAUGUCAUCCUAUUCAAAAAAAAAUUAUCAAAGAAAACCUUGAAAGAGAUAUUGUUAGUUAAGACGUCUGUCACGUGGUAGUAUUGUGGUAGAUCUGUAGACUAGAUCAGGCGUUGGCUAAACUGGACAGGUAGUGAUUGUGGUCAACGGUAUUGGUCAGCUUAGUAUCACACUCCAGAUAAUGUGUGGGAAGACUGUUCUUUACGACGCAGGCUAUGUUUACCACGGGGGACACGCGUCAGCAAUGGCUGUCAGAUCAAUUCUUCUAAUCUUGGCAAAUCGCGGAUUAGAACCGUGAUACCCGGAUCCUGGUCACUCAUGGAUAACAACGCGGAACAAAUCACCGAAGGACAUAAACGAUGCUAAUUUCGCAAACGGUCAUCUGUGAGUAAUGAUAACAUCCAAUGAAACAAUAGCCUGAGACAAUAUCGACAUGCCGUGUGCUUUGACUCGCAAUACUUGAGCUCAGUGUUCAUCUUACAUAGAUACAUAUAUUAAACAUGGGCGUUCCAGGAAGUGUAUUACAACCAGUCACGACGGUGUGGGAAAGCCGUGAGCUUUUUGUGUGUAGGUAAACUUUGCGUCAUUCAAUCAAAUGUGGGCCAGGUCGUCAGUAAGACGUGCGAUACUACAAGUAAGGUAUGAUUGUGUCAAUAGGAGCCUGACCCGGAUGGAUAGGUAGCUAACCUAUCGGAUAAUGUCUAACCGUGUUCAAACAGUGGUGGGUCAGCACACACACCUGUCCCUUUGAGGGACAUGUAUUUACAACGUGUACUGAAUAAACCCUGUUGAAUAAAACCACAUCUUGAGUGUAAGUAGGUGAAUUGUAACAAAUUGUGAGUAAACAAAAUGGGUUUAUCUGGGAAACUGUAAGAAUAUUGUGGUGUUUGUCUCGUCAGACACUUUACGCUGAACGUGGCGUCUGUAACUGACUUGAUUGACGUCUGUUAUAUCUACACCUAUCGAUUGCUUGUACAUUGCACGCGGCACCUGUGGCAGGAUCGUUAGAAAUAACUGUUAUGUUAGGGCAGGUUGGCUCCUCGAAGGCAGGUUUGGGUCCACGCAGGCAGGUUGAACCACGAAGGCAGGUUGGCUCCAAGAGGACAGGUUGACUCCAAGAGGACAGGUUGGCUCCAAGAGGACAGGUUGGGUCCACGCAGGCAGGUUGAACCACGAAGGCAGGUCGGCUCCAAGAGGACAGGCUGGCUCCACGAAGCUCCAUUCAGUCACAGAAUGGCUCGUAUGUGGUGGAUACAGGGAAGACCCAUGCAUCGGGAAAUGAAGACUUGAGGACCUGAACAGCUGAAGACGUACUGAACUUUUCCUUCUUAACAUGUCCAGAAACUGAACAAUGCCUUAUUUCAGAAUUCGAAUCUUGAAGCAUUGUGCAUUAAUAGUGAUUCUGGGGCUAUUCGUCGUGUAUAUUUGGAACCAAGGGCAGACAAACUGGAUGUACAUGUUGGGGAGGGAUAUCCCUCCCAAGGAUCCAAUGAGCAAAUUAGAAAUCGGGGAACAUAAUAUGUUCCUUGUUGAUAAUACGUCCAAAACAGCAAAGAUUAUACCGCACCGAACGGGACCAAGAGGUCAUAAACAAUAUAUGACAGAACCCAAGUCCAAUGAACGUCAUCACAGGUUUCAAUUAGAAAAACCUCACGUGAUGAAAGUGAUCGAUGGACGAAAUGAAAGACAGAGGGACAUAGGCAAACAAUAUAUUGAAACAGAGAAAACUAUUGCCAAGAAAUCCAUAAACGAUGUUUCCAAAGACAUCCAUUCGGUGAAAAAUAAAAUAUUAAAUCCCGAAGAGGUUAAACAGAUUCUCGCAAAUGUUCAAGACUGGUUUCAUGUAAAGGAUGUUUCCCAAAAGGAUGCGUUACUAAACAGACAUGAAUUUGUAUAUCAUCUGAAUUCAAAGCUGUGCUAUGAUGAUAUUGACCUUUUGAUAUUCGUCCAUUCAGCUCCUCAAAAUAGUGAUAAAAGGGCUGAUAUCCGCAACACCUGGGGGUCUGUACGAAGAUACCGAAAAUUAUCCAUCGCCACCGUGUUUAUGUGUGGAGAGACAACAAACCCUAUCCUUCAGGAACAAUUAAGGACAGAAUCUAAUACAUUUGGAGACAUUGUUCAAGGUAACUUUCUUGACUCGUACAGGAAUCUGACUUACAAACACGUCAUGGCCCUUUGCUGGAUUACGUCACAAUGCCAUGGCGUCAGAACUGUUGUCAAGGUCGAUGACGAUGUUUUAAUCAAUAUUUACAAGCUGGUCAAUUACUCCGUCCAGACUGGUCACUAUCAUGGUAGCCUCUACUGCUCAUACUUCUUUGGGGGAAAACCGAUCAGAAGUACUUUCGACAAAUGGUACACACCGGAAGAACAGUAUCCAUUUGAGAUAUACCCUCCAUAUUGCGAGGGUAUGGCCUAUAUCACGUCCGCGGAUGAAAUUAAAGCUCUGUGGAAAGCGUCUGAAGAUAUGAAAUUCUAUUGGGUCGACGAUACAUUCGUCACUGGUAUUCUUGCGCGAAAAGCAGGUCUUUCACAUCGUCACUUAAUGGAGCAUCACAGCUAUGUGAAAGCUGGGAGGGUUCACGAAACUCCCUUUCUGUCUGUGCUCUUUUUCCUAGAAUAUAAGGACUGGCCUUCUUUAUGGCAAAAGGUGGUGAAAAUGAAGAACAGUUUUAAUGACAUGUUGAAUAGUAAUGAAAGGGGACGCUCUUAAUGAGAAAUUUUAAUGAUUCGUCAUCGAGCACAAGCAAAAGGGAAGUUCAAAUCUUUGAAGGGCAUUUAGAAGUGGAAUGCUUAAGAAAGGCAAGAUUUAUGGGUGUCAAAUUCUUUAUUGUGAAUACCACGACGUUUCGGAGUGUAUGACAUGAAUGUAUGUUUGCUCCCUCAUCACCUGAUGGCGUCGUGUUAUUCACAAUAAAGAAGUUGAUUUCCAUACGUCUUGCUUUUCUUAAACAUUAAGUUUAGAAUUAUUGGAGAGUAUUCUUGAAAUAGAACAGAUCCCGUUAAUGAAUCCGAACGAGCAACUGUUAAUGCAUCCUAAUGCUCUACAGUGAAUGUAUACUAUCC